CUUCAAUCUUCAAAACUCAAAAAAUUGAAAAAACUGAAAAACCCUAAUCGCCGUUCCAGCAUCCUCUCACGUCUCUCCCCUACUGCCGCCGCAACCAACCCACCACUGCUACCGUCACAGUCGCCGUCGUCGAACUACUCUCCGUGGCUCACUGUCGUCGAUUUCUAACACAGCAACGGCCAACGACAUUCUUCUCUCGUCUCUCCCCUGCUGCUGCCAUCUAACACAACGAGAUGAGGUGAAAGCUCAGAGAGCUCUAGAAUGCCCUUGCAUUGCUGACUUGCAAUAGGCAUGCAGCAAUAGACCCUUAAAUGAAGAUUGGAUCCGCAACGGAUUAGUUCUUGCCCUGUCAGGCAGGGGAAUUCGGUGGGCAACCAAAAAAAUAUAGUCUCUCUCUCUCUCCUAUGAGCUCAAUCCCACGUCUCUUGCAAGGAACCAUAAAUCCAAGCACAAGAGAGUUAAAGCGAAUCCACGCCCACGCCAUCACCAAUGGCCUUGCACGAUUCUCCUACGUCUCCAGCAGACUCUUGGCCUUCUAUUUCCAAUGCCACCAGCGCAACCGCCCCAAUAUGCGCUGUUUAGAGGCCUUUUUCAUUCACAUGCCAAUUCACACUGUCUUCGAUUUCAAUGUCAUGAUAACAGCUUUUUCAAGAGACUCACAAUUUUACAACUCUUUUCUGCUUUUCAAACAAAUGCUAGCCACUGGUGUUAGGCCCAACUCUCACACCUUCACCAUGUUUGUCAAAUCUUGCCGUGGCUCUUUGUCUCUCCUCCAACAAGCCCAUGCUCAAGUGGUGAAGUUAGUGAGUGUGGAUUAUGAUGCUUUUGUAGUGAGUUCUUUGAUUGGUGUUUAUUGUGAUCAUGGAGAGGUUGGUGUUGCAUGCCAGGUGUUCGAUGAAUGUUCCAACAAGAAUGUGGUGUGUUGGACUGGUCUUGUUACUGGUUAUUGUAAUAAUGGUUUAGUUGAGAAAGCAAGGAUGUUGUUUGAUGAGAUGCCGCAAAGGAAUGAGGUAUCCUACAGCGCCAUGGUGUCUGGGUAUGUGAGGAAUGGUUGUUUCAAUGAGGGCAUUCAAGUUUUCCACGAGCUCAAGUGUUGUGGAAAUGUUGUUAAUUUGAAUGGCUCUCUUCUGGUGAGUGUGCUCAAUGCAUGUGCUGCUGUGGGUGCAUUUGAAGAAGGCAAAUGGAUUCACAGUUACAUUGAUGAAAAUGGUUUGGAGUAUGAACUCGAACUGGGCACUGCGUUGAUUGAUUUCUACACCAAGUGUGGGUGGGUAGAAGAGGCAGAGAGAGUGUUUGAUAGUAUGCCUAGUAAGGAUGUUGCUACUUGGAGUGCUAUGAUAUUGGGUUUGGCUAUUAAUGGAAAGAAUUAUAUGGCUCUUGAGCUUUUCGAUAAGAUGGAGAAGGUUGGACCCAAACCCAAUGCAGUUACUUUUGUUGGUGUUCUAACUUCCUGCAAUCACAAGGACUUGUUGACUAAAGCGUGGUGGUUUUUUGAACGAAUGAGUGGAAAAUAUGGCAUCCUACCAUCCAUUGAACACUAUGGAUGCAUGGUUGAUAUUUUGGCGCGAGGCGGGCGAAUCAAAGAUGCUUUAGCGUUAGUUGCUAGGAUGCCGAUAGAACCGGAUGGAGCCAUAUGGGGGUCUUUGCUCAACGGAUGCAUGAUGCAUUGUCAUGUUGAACUGGCACAUAGAGUUGGGAAGUAUUUGAUAGAAUUGGAGCCUCAACGUAGUGGAUAUUACAUCCUUCUAGCAAACAUGUAUGCAAGCACGGGCAAAUGGGAAGGUGUCUCCGAGACGAGAAGACUGAUGAAAAAAAGGGGAGUAUCAACCAUUUCUGCUUGGAGUUUCAUAGAAAUUGACCAGUCCAUCCACAAAUUUGUUGCUGAUGAUAAGUGUUGUACAUAUUCAGAAGAAAUUUACAGAGUUUUAAACCACUUGAGUAAGGGACUCGAGGAUUUCUCCAGAUCAAAAGAUGCAUUCUAUUUAUUUGAAGUAAUAUAACUUAAAAAAUAGUGGUCUCAGAUUCAUAUUGCAUAUGAAUUUCAAGAUAUUCUCACUUGUUGAUCUGAUCAGCCAUCUGUACAUUAUGGAAUUCAUUCUUUAUUUAAAUACUAAAGUUGGUUGUUGAGACUGCCAAACUCACUUUAUGGCAAAUGAAAUGAUCUUGAGGUCUAAACUUAUUUGGAAAAGGUUAGUUAUCGGUAUUGUCAAAUUCAAUACUUUCCAUUAGAACAGGAGCAUCAUCCACUGAUGUCUAUGAAGAAUGGCCAUGUUGUGAUGCUGACAAACAAGGAAGAUUUGGAAUUAAAUUGAAUAGUUGCACAGAUCAUUGAGCAGAACAUGUUGGAUCCAAACAUCAAAUUGAAAGAGCUGUUUAAAGGCCAUGGAGUCCUCUAAAACCUAUUGCAAUGGAAGAAGCCCUUAAUUUUGUGCUCAAGAUUAAGAAUUUCUUUUAAAAGGUCAAAACUGUGUCGGUGAUGACGAUGGCUUGUGGUUUCAAAUGGUUAGGGUUGGUAAGGAAUCGGGAAAUGGUGCUUGGUGCAGACAUUAGUCACUGUUGGUACGGCCUGUGGCGAUGUUGCGUCUGAAUUGUGCUCUGGUUCUGUCCCAUUGCUUAACCCUGUUCUUUCUGUGUUGUGUGUGUUGGAUUGUUAUGUGUUUGCUUGCCAAUUGAUUUGAUUUGUUAGGGUUUGUGAUUUGCAAUUUGUUUCGUGUGUGUAUGCCGAUUCUGGAGUUUGAUCCUUAUGUUCUUAAUCUUUUAUGGAAUCUCUGGUUAUAUGUUUCCAUCUGCUGUUUCCCACAUUCUUCUUCCUUGAUCAUUGUUUGAAUGUGGGAUGUUGAAACUUGCAUGUCUUUGGUGGGUAUUUUGGAGAGUGAGAAUGAAGUAGAUGAUGUUCUUGUUGACGAUCUCAUGGUUUCUUGACUGCUCUGAUGUGCAGGGUAUGGCUUGCUUAUGUAACUUCCUUGAACAGUUUACAACUGUUUGCUUGAUUAUGCAGAAUUCUGAUUCAUUGGAAGUUUGAAGAAGUUUUCAGUUGCAGUUUUGACUGUUCCUGUUUAAUGGAGGAAUGUCAAUGGUGUCCUUUUUCAUGAGAUGGUCUCUUGGUUCAAAAGACAUUGUGUUUUUUUGCAUUAGGUUCAAAUCUAAUGUUACAUAGCAACUUAGAACUUGUGAAUGACUAAGAAGGAUGACAAGAUAAAUCGUGAGUGCAAGAUGUAGCUUACAUGUGACUUAAAGAUAGAGUUGGACAGAUUCCACCUGGAGCUGAUGUACACACUCUUGACAAAUUUACUGUGUCUUGAUUGUACAAUAAACAAGA